AUGUCUCUAGAUAGCAGCUUUGAAAAUUUGGAAUAAUAUCUGUAUCCCUCCUUCGAUGAAGCCAAUAACUAGAAUUAAAAGGAAGGCCAAUACAUUCUAGACCCUAUAGGUAUAGAAUAAGAUUAAAAACCUUUGCUGUAAAAUCCACAUAACAAUGGUAAAACCUAUAAAUAAUUGUUUGAAAUUGUUUAAAGAUUAAAUGAUAUUAAUUGGGUGGAACCAUAUUCUAAAAUUACUCCUAUAAAACACUUUACUCCAAUAACCUUUUGGUUUAUUAUUUGUUCUCAAUACUUUUAAAAAGAUGUAGAUCCUAAAAACAUUAAGUAAUGAAAUGAAUUUAUUGUAAGAUGUAAUAAAAUAGAGGAAGAAUUUCAAAUAGAUUAAGAAAAACAGAAUAGUCCUUAUACAUAUUUCGAUGAUUGGUUCAUAUUAGAAAUGAGAAGCAUAGUAAACUUUAAUCUAAGAUAGAUGGUUAAAAGAAUUAUCACCCAAAAAUGAUUUGGAAUCAUUACAAACAAAAAUGGAAGUGCGUUUACUUGAAACUAGAAAAGAAUUACAUUAACAGAUUGAUGCAAUUGAAGUUGAAAAACCAAUCCUAGAUAUAUAAAAUUAAUCUGAUUUUAUCUUAAAAGAUUUAGUUGGAUUGACUGAAAUAGAAAGUCAAUAUCUAACAUUUCUUGAAAGUCAAUAAAAGUAAGUUUUAUUAAUAUUAUCUUAGAAUAUAUGAUGAAUACAUAAUUAAUUAAUCAAAACAAUCAAAUUUAGCUGGAACUACAAGAUAAUUAUAAAAUGUCUAUAACAAUUGUUAAAUUUGUAAUCAAGGAGUAAGAUCACUAGAGUCUCUAUUAACAUGUUAAAAAUGUUAAAUAAUUGUUCAUUCAAAGUGUUAUGGGCUUGAAAAUGUAACAAAUAAUUGGAUUUGUGAUUUAUGUUUGAAUUUUGGAAAUAAAGGUAAAUUAAUGAAAUGUCCACUUUGUCCAAAAUUAGGAGGUGCAAUGCGUUAGACAACUUUGGCUAUGAAAGAUUCAAUAUUUGAAUUUUCAAAUCCUAAUUACCAUACCUAUGCAAUUAAUAAUAAAGUUGAUAGAUAAAGUAUAUUAAUAGUAAAGAUUUAUUUAGAACCUCCUCCUGAUGGAGAAGAUGGAUAUAAUUUCAUGAUUUUGCAAUAUUCUUUAGAUAAUAUGAUAGGUGAACCUCUUAAAUCUGAAAAAAUAUGGGCUCAUAUCUCAUGUAUGUAUUGGUUAGAUUUUGAUUUACUAAAAAUUGAUAAAAGAAAGUUUAAUACUUUAUGUAGUAUUUGUAAAACAAAAAAAAAUGGAGCAUGUAUUUCAUGCUCUAAAUCAAAAUGCGGUAUUUCAUUUCAUCCAGAAUGUGCCAGAAGAUCUUAAAUCUAUAUAGAAUCUAAUGAAAUAUUCUGUUUUAAACAUUAACCUCUUAAAAUAAAAAGAAUUUUUGAAGAUUAACAUAAUCUAUGGAAAGAAGAAAUUUAUUGUUUUUUUAAAUAAUAUGAAAAAUUAGAAUCAUGGCUAGCUCAUAAACCUAAAAAUAAUGAUUUAGAAUUUUAAAAAUUUGAAAUCAAAAUUUAACAAGAAGAAAUAGAAGCUGAUAUUAAAUAAGAAAAUGAAUAACUUUUUUAAUAAAUUGCUAAUAUAAUGGAAAGAGAUGAAAAAUUCAUUAUCACUUUAUAAAAUAACUAAGUUAUUGAAAUUUAAUAUCCUUAAAAAAGAAUAUCUAUCUAUGAUUUAGAAGAAAAUGAUAGAAUUUGGCAACAAUUAGCAAAUGAGAAAUAUUCUUCAGAAUAAAUAUAUGUUCUUUAUUAAAGAGCAAUUAGGAUGAGAAAGAAAAAGAAAUUAUCAAAUAAUAUAUCUUAAUUAUAGAUUCCUAUUGUUUAAGAAUUAACAAAUAGAAAGAGAAACUCAAAAUAUUCAAGACCUAAAAUAUUUAAACAUCAUAAGAAAUAUUAAAAGACAAAUAGAUUAAUUAAUAAUAUUUCACUAAAAAUUAAAAUUCCAAAAGAAGCGAUUAAUUUUUAAUACUGUAUUUGCAAAUAAGAAAUUGAAAAUGAAGAAAUGAUGUGUAAAUAUUAAUAUUAAAAUUUAGAAUGUGAAAUUUGUUCAGAAUGGUAUCAUCUAAACUGUUUGGGAUUUAUGGGAAACAUUGAGGAAGCCUAAAAAUUGUUAUUCUAUUGUUUUAGAUGCGAAUAAAAGCUUACUAAAGAAUAAAGCAAAUAUAUAAAGAGAUACAAUUAAUAUUUUAUUGAUUCAACAUUUCGAGAUCUAAAAUUAAAGAUUGGCAUGUCACCUCAUGAAUUAAGAACCCAUGAGAAAAAGAAUUAUAAAUAAUUGUCUAAAUGA